AUGAUUCGUUCAAGCAUUAUUGCUAUGUUAUCGAUUUGUGUCGCUUGUUCGUUUUGUGGACAAGACUUCGUCUCGCUUGGUCGCCAUUCGUCGCGAUGUAAACAACGGAUUAAUCACGCUGAACAAGACCGCCCUAAUAUUACAUCGAGAGAAGUGUCUGUUAUGCAGUCACCUAAUGUUCCUGUACCAAGUCGCACAGUUGUUAAGUGUUGUUGUGGUAAGAUAUGCAAAGGUGCGCGUGGCCUUAAAAUGCAUCAGCGUAGAUGUCAAGUGAUACAUGGCCUUAACGACGAGCUGUCUGCUGAUCUUGAAGAGCAAAUAACGACGGAUAACACUGCAGAUACCCCUGAAAAUGACAAUUCUAUUAACGACAUUGAUAUGACUAAUGACGAAAGUUUGCCCGAACUGAAACAAGGCAUAAAUUUACCUAAAAAUGACUCUGGGUGGCAAACGGCUAAUGAUUAUUUUAAAUGUGCGCUACAGUUAAAUGAUCCAAUCAGAGUGCAAGACGUAAACUCAAAAAUCAAACUUUUAAACGACGUUAUAUAUUACUACUUUGCAGAUAACUUUGAAUGGACAUAAUGAAACGGUACCUGACAAAAAUAUGGUUACUAAAUAUAAAGAAUAUACUGCAAAGGAGUUAAAGAAAGCUUUGCAAAAUUUAAAAUCCAACAAAGAUGACCUUAGUAAAAUUAAAUACGUCUCCCGCACAUUGCGUGAUAAACUUCGUAAUAACAACAACGAUGAGCUAACCUCUGACAGCAAUGAGUCAUUCAGUCAUGACAAUUAUAUCGUACGGAACUUUUGGGGUUAUAUUAAAAACAUUAUCAAUAAGAAUGACUCAAUAUUACCUACCAUCAUUUAA